GUCGAGAGAAUCAGAAGGGGCUCGACCUGAGCUGAGGAAAGUUCGUUUUCAGCCGACAGUCAAGCAUGGAUGUCAAGUUUGAUGGCAAAAGAGCGUUGGUUACAGGAGCAGGAAAAGUCCCAGAUUCGUGUCUCUUCAAGUUACGUUUCUGCAAUGACCGACCUUCAUUGAGAUAAUUAUGAUGGAGACAGUGGUGUCGAGAUGCAACACUCUUUCUGAAACCUGUUCCUACUCCAGUCCUAGAACUAUCAUGACUCACACUACAUUUCAAGUGAUUGGCAAAGUUUGGAAUGAACAAUUAACAUGCACUUGUUGAUGUGACAAAUUUGAAUGAACUCGGAACCAGACAUCGGCAAGAUGUGGCAGUUUAUCAAGGCAUUGCCCCGUGAACCAGUUAUCCGAGGCAGUUCCCUGCAACCCGUCCUCAUCUGCCUGGCACUGCUCGGGCAUGCCUUCGUGACCCCUGCUGUCGGGCAGUCUAACCGCGUCGUCAAGAAGACGAUCACCAUUGACCCCACUUCGGGGACAGAAGGGUUCACGGAAGAGGAGAAAUACAAGGACAUCUUUGAGCUGACGGAAGAGAAUUUUGAGGAGUGGGUUGUGGAAGCCGAGGAUCCAUGGAUUGUCCUGUUCACGGAUGGCAUGCUGAAGAAAGAGUGGAAGACAUUGGCCGUAUCACUGCGGGGCAUCGUUUGGUUCGGGAUGGUGCACAGACUACAGCAGGAAGAUCUGUUAGAUGAAAUUGACUUUAAUGUCCGCAAAAACCCACCAGCUAGGGUCUACCCUUACGGGGGUGGCAAGACGGCCAAAUGGACCGAUGUCCAGACACCUAGGGAGGCCAAAGAGAUUGCAGUCAAUAGCUUGCCAGAGGUCACCACCGAGUUGGACCCCCAGCUUCUUAACAAUUUUCUCUAUGAUUCCUACAUGAUGCACCCGUCAGCAUUCCCAGCAAUCUUCAUAACAGAUAAAGAAACGCCUCCAGUUUUUAAGUCCAUCGCCCUCCACUACAAGAGAUACUUCAACUUUGGUGUGAUACGUAACCCAGAUCCUUCGUACCUGGAGACCCUGAAGUACGACCUCGGUAUCCCAGGAUUCCUAGUUCUGGUAUCUGAUGAAUAUGUAGAUUCGUACGGGUCGGAAGAUCAAGAUACUGAGUAUACCUUCCAGAGCAUAGGAUACACAGUUCAGAGGCAAGGAGAACUCAACUACCCCAAUCUGGUCAAGUUCCUGUAUGGCGUCAACCUGCACUAUCGGCGCACCUUGCCGGGAACCAACAUGGCCGACGAGGAAGAUGUGCUCAGGAUGGAAGAGGUCAUGGAUGUCGAGGGACAAAGGUUCGACGUCCGGUACAUGGAAGACCUGCGCAACAUCCAAGGCCUGGAGCCUGAUACUCUCGCGAAGGGCAUUAGGGUGAGAGGGGAUGCAAGAAAAAGCAGGAACGAGUUGUAAAUUCUUUUCCCUACAAAAUUGAAAUGGGUUUAUCACAAGUCUUUUACAAGUAAGGAUGCGUUCCACUCAGGCAAGCGUUGCCAAUGUUUUUGGUGUUUUUGCGCAUAGCCAAUGGGAAAUUAUUAACAAUGUUUGCGAUGUUCAUAAGUGGAACACCCCUCCCCCCACCACCCCCCUUG